AUGGCAUCAACCAACUCGGGCUCUUGUCUGUGUGGAGCUGUGCAAUAUCAGCUUUUAGAUGCUCCCGAGAAGUGUGUUAUAUGUUACUGUGAGAGCUGCCAGAAAUCUACGGGCUCCGUAUGCAUGGCGAACUGCUUGUUCAAGAGAGAGAAUUUAGAGAUAACGCAUGGACAAGGGGCACUUGCAACGUAUGAAGACCGAGCGACAUCCUCCGGUCAAGCUCUGCAGCGCUCGUUUUGCAGCAUUUGCGGGUCGUGUCUCUUUGUACAGAACGAAAUAUCGGAACGGAAUGGGAUCAUAGCAGUCACCAGUGGAACCAUCAAUGAUCGAAGUGGUCUCCAGCCAACCCUAGAAUAUUGGUGCCAGCGUCGCCGUAGCUGGCUUCAACCUGGUGGUAUCGAGGGCUCGGAGAGGAGGGAGACACAAUGA